GAGUUUUCAUUUUCAGAGCAAUACGCCAAUAUCAUCCCCUGGCACAAGGCUAAGCAAGAAGAAGACCAUUCAUCACGUGCUCCGCACGUCACAAUUGCAGGACGGCGCUAUAAAUUAAUUCACAGGCCUUACCUGAGGAGAGUCAAUACAAUCCACCUCCACAGGACCACAGCUCCACUCCACCGUCAUUCCGACCAACCAAAAUCCAACGUGAACCGUGACGAGUCGCAGCAGCGUACACCAUCCGGCUGCGACCAAACUCAUACUCUCUCAACCCAAAAACCCCGUUGGUACGAACAGGCGGGGCUGUUUUGACGAAAUUUAGUAUCUUUUUUUCACGAUGAUGGGUGAGCGGUGGGUAUUCAUUGAUCGGUUCAAGCUCAGAGUGGCGGUGUUCAUGGUGGUGUUCGUAUUGUUUGGUACUCAGAAUCUGUGCUUCUGUUCUUCUCUGAAGAGUGAAGGAUUGGCUCUGUUGAGGUUUAGAGAAAGAAUUGUGAGCGACCCUUUUGGUGCUUUAUCGAAUUGGAAGGUGAAAGAUGGAGACGUUGAUCCAUGUUCAUGGUUCGGUGUUGAGUGUUCAGAUGGAAAAGUAGUCAUCUUAAACUUGAAAGAUCUUUGUCUUGUGGGUACAUUGACACCUGAAAUUGGAAAGCUUAACUACUUAAAAUCUAUUAUUUUGCGCAACAAUUCUUUCUCUGGAAAUGUUCCUAGAGAAAUUGGACAACUGAAAGAUCUGGAGCUGUUGGACUUAGGAUUCAAUAACUUUAGUGGACCAUUUCCAUCUGAUUUUGGCAACAAUCUCUACCUCAGUAUCCUUUUAUUGGAUAACAACAAGUUCAUUGGGAGCAUAGCACCAGAACUUUAUCAGCUUAAGAUGCUUUCUGAAAUUCAGGUAGAUGAGAACCAUCUAACUGGUGCUGCCCUGAAACCAUCCUGUAUCAGCAAUGGUUUUACUUGGAACAUAGCCCAACCUGGAGAUUUAGCACAUGGGAGGCGGCUGCUACAGGUGGCAAAUCCCCCCAAAGCCAAUGAAAGAGUUUCCCAUUCAUCACUGUCCCCUACACCAUCAAAAUCGCUACUUUCAUCUUCACUGCCACCUUCAAAUCCACCAUUUUUAUCACCAUCUCCAUCACCUUUUGGAGCCCCAUUUGCUUCUCCAUCACCUUCCCCCUCAAAUAUCUUUUUGACUCCUUCACCUUCUCCUGUAGAAGUAGGAACUCCUCCUCCAACUCCAGCAGCUUCCCCAGUUGUCAUUUCUGAACCACCACAAUCUCAUUUCAUCCCAACUGAUUCCCCUGCUUCAACUCCAUUCCAAAGUGCACAUAAGAUUUCCAACUCAAAGCAUCAUAUGGUUCUAACCUUGGUAGCAGGUAUUGGGGGCUCUCUCUUCGUUCUUAUUUCAGUCAUUGCCAUUAUAUUCUUCAGAAGCAGUAAGGUGGCUACUGUCAAACCGUGGGCUACCGGGUUGAGUGGACAGCUGCAAAAAGCAUUUGUAACUGGGGUACCUAAUCUCAAGCGAGCAGAACUAGAAGCAGCCUGUGAAGAUUUCAGCAAUAUAAUUGGUUCUUUCUCAGAUGGUACAGUGUACAAGGGAACUUUAUCAAGUGGGGUUGAAAUAGCUGUGACAUCCAGUGCAGUCACAUCUCGUGACGAUUGGUCAAAGAAUUUAGAGGCACAGUUCAGGAAAAAGAUAGAGACGUUGUCAAAAGUGAAUCACAAGAAUUUUGUGAACCUUAUUGGGUAUUGUGAAGAGGAUCAACCUUUCACGAGAAUGAUGAUUUUUGAGUAUGCUCCUAAUGGAACACUCUUCGAGCAUCUACAUAUACAAGAAGCAGAACACUUGGACUGGGGAAUGCGACUACGGAUAGCUAUGGGCAUGGCAUACUGCCUUGAGCAUAUGCACCAGAUGACUCCACCCAUACCCCACAGAAACCUGCUGUCUUCCUCUGUAUAUCUUACUGAAGACUAUGCUGCCAAAAUAUCUGACUUCAGCUUUUGCAAUGAUGCUGCAGCAGCCAAGGCUGGAUCAGCCACAAUGGAGCUCUUAGAAACCACAUCAAUGGAUUCAGAGACCAAUGUGCACAGCUUUGGGGUAAUAUUACUUGAAAUGAUAACCGGUAGGAUCCCAUACUCAAUAGACAAUGGAUCUCUCGCAGACUGGGCCUCAAACUAUUUGAGAAGUGACCAACUUCCAAAGCAAAUGGUAGAUCCAACUCUUAAUUCUUUCCAGGAGGAUCAGCUGGAGAAACUGUUUGAAGUGAUUAAGAUGUGUGUUCAUCCUAAUCCAAAGGAAAGACCGACAAUGAGAGAAGUAGCUGCUAAGUUAAAAGAGAUCACGACAUUGGAACCUGAUGGAGCAACUCCAAAACAAUCUCCCCUUUGGUGGGCUGAGCUUGAAAUCAUGUCUACAGAAACAAGUUGAAGAGGUGAAAGUGAGCAUUUAAACCAAAUCUUCGCUUUCUCUCCCCUGUUUCUGUUGUUGGUUUAAGAAGCAGUGAUGUGUAGGGUAGGUGCUGUUUCUUCCAAUCCUGGUUGCUGGGUAAGAAUAAUUUUUGUAUAUAACCGAGAAAGGACCAACCUUUUUGGUUUCUUGUUUGGUUUUUCAUCUUCAUUCUUUAGUUUUUAUAACCCCUAAUUUGUUUGUUUAUAUGUUUGAAUUUGGUUGCAUAAACAGGCAACAUAAUUGAGAGAUCAAUAGUUGUCAAUCUUCUUCUCGUGAUUUGACAUCCAGUAUGAAUAAAAAGACUUUUACCCUCCUGGACUGCAUCCCUAUUUUUUCUGAAUUCAUUUUUAAGUUUAGGCUAGACUUGAGCAAUCCAGGAGAAAUGGUGAAGACUAGAAUACAAGCACUCAAUUUGAGACAGGAAUAACAAGUGUAAUGUAUGAACGCAACUUUGGUAGAAGUACAAGGCUCCAU